GCAUCGGGCAUAGACGUGACGAGGUACGCCCCCAGUCUCUAGACCGUUUUCUCCAGGGGUCGAUGCAGAUAUUUAGUUUGGGCCAGUCAAAGUUGCCAAGUGACCCGACGUCGGAUAAAAUCGAGAGAAGACAUUGGACACGAAGUCUGCUGGCUGAAGGUCAUUUUGAUAUCAGAUCAAUAUCUGCUGUGAUGCCUCAGACACGAUGGGCCAUUAGGCUCCAAUGAGUUCUGCAUCAAAUCGCCUAACGUUACUCUCUGCAUUGAAACCAUUUGACCAUCACACGAGGCUCUAUGAGAGGAGCGCCACAGACUGAUUUUGGAUCAGAAUGAACUUUACCUGUAGCUGUUUUGUAUCCAAACGCAUUGUGCAUCAAUAGGAGUGCUGCACAUGCUCAGUCGGGCCUGUCUGGUGUUUUGUAGUAUCAGCAGGAAGCAGUCCUUCCUCCUCCUCUUCCUCCUCCUCUCUCCUCCAGGAGCAUGCCCUCUGAGCCUCCUCCCAGCUCUCAGGACAUGCUGACAGGACAGAGGCUGUGUCAGUCCAAAUCCCACCAGGACUCUGUCCUCUCUGCCCUUAAUCAGCAGCGCAAAGACGGACUGCUCUGCGAUGUCACCCUGGUCGCCGGGGAGCAGAAAUUCCAUGCUCACAAGGCAGUUCUGGCAGCCUGCAGUGAUUACUUCCGGGCCAUGUUCAGUCUGUGCAUGGUGGAGAGUGAGGCAGAUGAGGUAACUCUCCAGGGUGUGACUAGCGUGGGACUGAAGCACGCACUGGACUUCGCCUACACAGGCCAGAUCAUGCUGGAGCCAGGAGUGAUACAAGAUGUCCUGUCUGCUGGAAGCCACCUUCAACUGCUGGAACUGCUCAGCCUCUGUUCCCACUAUCUCAUUCAGGAGCUGAACAGUUUUAACUAUCUGGACCUGUACAGGCUGGCAGACCUCUUCCACUUACCGGCCCUAGAGGAAGCAGUGGUGGUCUUUCUGGUGGAUCACCUCUCUGAGCUGCAGAGGAACAGACAAGAGGAAGUGCUGCUUCUACCUUAUCGGCUCCUCAGGGAAGUGCUAAAAAGUGACCGCCUCACCUCCCUUAGUGAGGAGGAGAUAUGGCAGUUGCUGGUGUGUUGGCUGGAGCAUGACUGCAGAUACCAGUACAUGGAGGAACUGCUGCAACACGUGCGCUACGGCCUGAUGGAGGUCUCUGCCCUGCACCGUGUGGCCAACAGCCACCCCUUUCUCAACUCCAGCAGCACCAUCGCCGCCCUGGUGGAGGAGGCGUUAGACUACCACCGGUCCAUAUUUGCGCAGCCUUUACGUCAGACAGCACGAACCAUGCCGCGUUUUCAGUCCUUGACGCUAUAUAUCAUCGGCGGGCGCAAACGGGAGGUCAGCCGCGUACGGGAGCUGCGGUUCUUCAACCCUGCCACACAGGAGCACUUGCGCGUUGCGGGGGGAUCGAACUGGAGCGAGUUGACACCCAUGCCUGCUGGACGAAGUCACCACUGUGUGGCUGUCAUGGGCAACUUCCUGUUUGUGGCUGGGGGGGAGGGGGAACAUGCCACUGGAAGGACGUGUGCGGUGAGGACUGCGUGCCGGUACGAUCCGAGGGUGAACCGCUGGACUGAUAUUGCACCGAUGAAGGCGUGCAGGGAGCACUUUGUGCUGGGAGCUCUGGGACAGUAUCUCUAUGCCGUUGGGGGGAGGAAUGAACUGAGGCAGGUUCUGCCCAGUGUGGAGCGCUACUGUCCCAAGAAAAACAAGUGGACCUAUGUGCAUCCGUUUGACCGUUCGCUGUCCUGUCAUGCAGGUUGCGUGGCGGACGGGCUGCUCUGGGUCUCAGGUGGUGUCACUAACACAGCUCAGUACCAGAAUCGACUGAUGGUGUAUGACCCAGGACAGAAUCAGUGGUUAGCGCGCAGUCCCAUGUUGCAGAGGAGGGUGUACCAUGUGAUGGUGGCAGUAAAAAGGCAGCUGUAUGUGCUGGGGGGGAACGAUCUGGACUACAACAAUGACCGCAUCCUGGUUAGACACAUUGACUCUUAUGACAUAGACAUGGACCAGUGGACACGCUGCACCUUCAGUCUUCUCACAGGCCAAAAUGAGGCAGGAGUGUCUGUCCAUGAUGACAGAAUCUAUGUGGUUGGUGGAUAUUCGAUUUGGACAAAUGAACCACUUGCCUGCAUUCAGGUGCUAGAUGUGAGCACCAAGGGGAAAGAGGAGGUUUUUUAUGGGCCGACGCUCCCAUUCGCUUCGAAUGGAGUGGCGACGUGUUUCUUGCCUGCGCCAUACUUCACCUGCCCCAACCUGCAGACCCUACAAGUGCCACAUCACAGAAUAGGAGCUCUCUAACCUCUCCGCUCAUAACUCAUUGAGGACAUUCCCCCAAACACACUAUGAACCAAUGAAAUCAUGCAAGAGCCUAUUGUACUUCCACAUAUUGUGACUGGUGGAUGAAAUCAUCUUUGAUCAUACGUUGAUCUCGUAGAGCCAGUGUUCUGAUGGAUGUGGAAACCUUCGAAAAGAAGUUAAGAGUUUUUUUUUAUUGUCAAGCUUCACUGACGUUCAUGCAUUUCUGAACUGGCUGUGCUGUGGUGCUGCAUCAUGCUAAUACAGUUUAACAAGCAACGUGUAAAUCUGUCAGAAUGAUUAAGAGCCACUUUAUGGCCCAGUCCCAAAUGGUGCACUUGAUAUGAGCCUGCGGUCCGUCAAGUCCACAGGAUUGCAGGUUGUCCCAUUUAUCAUUUUAACAUAAAAAGGGUGUUCAUACCUCGCAGUGAACUUUUACUCAGCAAUCCAUGCAGAAUUAAAUCAAAGGAAAUACACAAGAGCAGCAUUUGGGACAGGGCUGAAGAGUUAAGGACCUGUUUUCAUAGAUUCUUAAAACUCCAUCCACUCUCCAUUCUGAAGUUAAUGUUCUGCCGUUUUUAUCCACACAUCAGUUGAAGUUCCUUUUCAUUGCAUGCCAUUUCUCAGCCUGUGACAAACUGUACUUUUUACCAAAACUCAGGAUGAAGACCGUACAAUUGUUUACUGAACGUGUAUGACCACAGCUGAUGACAAAUGCACACGCAGCAUCUUAACAAUCUGCGUCAAUGGCGGCAUCUUGACUGUUCUCCAUCCUACCACCAAAAACCCAUUCCAUAAGAAAACAUGUAAGA